UUCAAGACUGCCCAUCCGUCUGCAGUCCAGCGCCAGAACCGCGGGAACCCGUCGGCAAGUUUCCGGUUGCAAGACAUCAGCCACACGGCACCGGACCCCUACGUGUCGCACAGGCCAUAUCCAGUCUCGAGCGGUUCUUCUUUUCUCGCCCACGCAGUAUCUGCAGGCGUAUACAGCAGGGCAAGUCGAGCCCAGCCGAUCCCUUUGCCGUGCGACCAGGAUCGGUGUCUAGCCCAAAGCCUGUCAGCAACGUCAAGCGACACGCCACUGAACCCCUCUGCAACAUAAUCUCCACGUGCGCUGUGCGCAUCGACAUUGAAUACACAGUAGUUGGAAUCGCCAAUCCCGCUCAUUACAUCUCACUCGGCUCGUCGUCGGGUUCGCUGGCUAGAGAGUGAGCAAGUUUCGACAAACUCGUCUUAACCCCGCAUCAUGUGGGCCGACAUCAACGGAGAACGCAAGAAGGUCGCAUGUGGCCCUUGCAUCAGAGGGCAUCGUUCCUCAAAAUGCGAUCACCGAGACCGAGUUCUUGUUGAGGUUCGCAAACCUGGUCGACCCUUGAGCAGCUGUCCCCAUCCUACUGGCUCGUGUAGCUGCGAGCGGAUUGUCAUCAAUUACACUAUUCCAAAGACCUCGGAAUGUGCUUGUCCGUCAGAACGAGCACAAUCAGUAGCAGUUUCCGGUAGUAGCCGAAUCUCCAAACCCAAACGAAAGUCGACAGCGAUACACCCCACAUCGUUAGAGAAGGCCAUCAGAGCUAGCCAAGAAAACGAGACUGACACAUCGUCCUACAACACGCCAACCGAGAGGAGCGCCAGCAACGAGGCAUCUCCUCCUUCAAGUGCAAGCUCGACCCCUCGCAUGCUGCCUGCACAGAAAGAAGUGUCGAGCUGCUGCCAACCUAAAGCCGCACCUCCACCAGUCGCACAAACAGGGGGUUGCUGUAGUAGUAAACCAAAACAGGAGCCUCAGCCACCUGUUGUGCCUGUCAAGUCUUGUUGCUCUGGAAAGACCCAGCAGAACAAUACCCCCAACAUUCAGCACGCCGCGCACAAUAUCGGUCAGCACUUCCAGUUUCAGGUCCAACCACAAUUCAGGACGCCUCAAUAUCAAAGCUUCCAACAGCAUGCGUCACCAGCUCCUCCUUUCGGAUUUGGUGCCCCGAUAUACAACCAUGCCGCUGCAGCCUAUCAACAGUCGAUGGCGAUGCCCCUAAACGGAGGCAUGCACGGGUCAUUGCCACAUCAACCCAACAGCCAUCAAAUACCGCAGCAUAAUCCCGAGCACAACUGUCAUUGUGGAGAGGGGUGUUCCUGUUUCGGCUGCGCAGCCCAUCCGAAUAACGCUACCAUGAUGGAAUACGUUCGACUCAUGGCCCAAUUCCAGUACACCGGUGCGUUUGGAGGCCAACAAGCACCUCUCUAUGACAUGCCGACGUAUCCACAUCACCCCGGCUUUGGUGUCGAGGCAAGCCCGGUCGUGAACUUUUCGCCACUACCACAGUCCUAUGCAUCGCCAAGCCCAGCGCACAUGCCGUUCCAGCCUAGCCUAGAUGCGACCGUCAUGGCCGGCACGCCGCUCACUCUUGCCAGCCCGUGGCGCCAAUCAUCAGUCUCAACGCCUUCCAUCGAGCAUCCCCAAUUCCUUGACAGCGCGACACCCACGCCCACCGAAUCGCAACCUAAGCUGGAAAUGGCUCAUCUGCCUCCAGCGCCUGCGGCAUCAUCACCUGUUGCCGAAAGUCCUGGCGGAAGCCACGAAGAAGAAACCCCGACCCUCUCGCCUUCAUCUUUCUUUUGGAAUGAGAUGGUUCUCCCAGGCUGCAAUGACGCGACUGGUACGUGUCAGUGUGGAGAUGGCUGUGAAUGUGUUGGUUGCUUAACUCAUGGCGGACACAAUGGAAUUGUGCUCGAGCAACCGAGAGUCAGCGAGCAAGAGGCUUUUCCGAGUUUCACAGCGGAUGCUGCAUUGAACCUUGACCUUGGCGAUCCUAACUCGUUUCUUAGCUUUAAUCCUGUAAGCUGACAGGUUUGAAAUCCUUAGUUGAUGCCCGUAUGGUAUUCACACUUAUUUCAGUGUACAUGUUUAGGCUGCGUUAUUACAUAUAUGGAUCGUGGAGGUAUCCGAUUAGAAUUGGAUGUUACGCAUAGGAAGAAAAUGGACGUGGUCUUACAC